GUCUGCCUCCAAUCAGAUUGGAGAACGCCGAGGCGGCUGCUCCAAAGCUUCCGCCAGCUGUGAAGUCAGGGCUCGCUCUGCGCACGCGCAAAUUCCACUGGCGGCGCCUUUCUGGCAAGUCGGAACGGAAAGGAGGUGGAACGUGUUCUAUUUCCGGUCGGGGGCGUGCAUGGCAGAAGGAGGCAGGUUGAGUUGCUGAGCGUUUUGGCCUUUUCAUCCAUGUCUCUUGUGUUUAAAUAUCUCCUUCUGAUAGGAGGCUCUUGAGGACCUCUUCCCACCAUGGAGGCGGACGAGGAGAUGGAAAAGGUCCGCAUCCUCAACGGAGAGCCUCCGGAGGGUGAGGCGGAGGACCCGUCGGCAGCGGCGGAGGCUCUGCUGGGCUCUCCGAAGGUCCCCCUGAGCGGCGCCUGGCGACACAAGUGCGCCUCCUACGUGCUGGCCCUGCGGCCCUGGAGCUUCAGCGCCUCCUUGACCCCCGUGGCCCUGGGCAGCGCCUUGGCCUACCGCUCCAGAGGCUCCUUGGACCCGGGGCUGCUGGUGGGCAGCGCCAUCACCGUCUUGGCCGUCCACGGGGCGGGGAACCUGGUCAACACCUAUUACGACUUCUCCAAGGGCAUUGACCACAAAAAGAGCGAUGACCGGACGCUGGUGGACCGCAUCCUGGAGCCCCAGGAUGUCGUGAGGUUCGGGGUCUUCCUCUACACCUUGGGCUGCCUCUCCGCCGCCGGCCUGUACUGCCUCUCCACCCUCAAGCUGGAGCAUUUGGCCCUCAUCUACUUCGGAGGCCUUUCCAGCUCUUUUUUGUAUACUGGAGGCAUCGGCUUCAAGUACGUGGCCCUGGGCGACCUGGUGAUCCUGAUCACCUUUGGCCCCUUGGCGGUGAUGUUUGCGCACGCCGUGCAGGUGGGCUACCUGUCGGUCUCCCCGCUGCUCUACGCCGUUCCCUUGGCCCUCAGCACGGAGGCCAUCCUGCACAGCAACAACACCCGGGACAUGGAGUCGGACCGCCAGGCCGGCAUCGUCACCCUGGCCAUCCUGAUCGGGCCCACCUUCUCCUACGUCCUCUACAACAGCCUCCUCUUCCUGCCCUACCUCAUCUUCUGCCUCCUGGCCACCCGCUACACCAUCAGCAUGGCCCUGCCCUUGCUCACCAUGCCCAUGGCCUUCUCCCUGGAGCGCCAGUUCCGCAGCCAGAGCUUCCUCAAGAUCCCCCAAAGGACCGCCAAGCUCAACCUCCUCUUGGGCCUCUUCUACGUCUUUGCCAUCCUCUUGGCCCCCCCGGGGAGCCUCCCCAAGCUUUGAGGACCAUCCAGGCCAUCUUCUCCUCCUCCUCCUAUCCGGUCUUCAUCCAGGAGAAGUCUUUCCCGAGACAGUGGGAUUCAGGGUCACUUUGUGGAACCAUCCUGAACCUUGCCUCAAUGCGUUUUCAAUGGAGAAGACGUCUCGUUUACUAAUUUUUCAUUUAGGACUGCAACUCCCGUCCAUCUUAUCCAGGCUGGGACUGAUGGGAGUUGUAGUCUGACAGCGUCUGGAAAGAUUAUGCAUCCGACUAAGGGAGAUUCUUCAAACUAGAUGUCUCGAGGGCUUAUUUUUCACCCUUUCUAAUAUUUUUCUCAUAUAUAUACACACACAUAUAUAUUUACAUAUAUAUAUAUGUAUAUGUGAGGGAGAUUCUUCAAACUAGAUGUCUUGAGGGCUUAUUUUGCACCCUUUCUAAUAUUUUUUUCAUAUAUUUACAUAUGUGUAUAUAUAUAUAUGUACAUGUAUAUAUGUAAAUAUGAGGGAGGAGGGAGAUUCUUCAAACUAGAUCUCUCAAGGGCUUAUUUUGCACCCUUUCUAAUAUUUUUCUCAUAUAUAUCUAUAUAUAUAUAUAUAUAUAUAUAUAUAUAUAUAUAUAUAUAUAUACACACACACACACACAUACAUAUAUAUUUACAUAUAUACAUAUAUAUGUAUAUGUAUGUAUAUAUGUAUGUAUAUGUAUAUAUGUAAAUAUGAGGGUUGAGGGAGAUUCUUCAAACUAGAUGUCUCAAGGGCUUAUUUUGCACCCUUUCUGAUAUUUUUCUUAUAUAUAUGUGUGUAUAUGUAUAUGUAUAUAUGAGGGAGGAGGGAGAUUCUUCAAACUAGAUCUCUUGAGGGCUUAUUUUGCAGCCUUUCUAAUAAUUUUCAUAUAUAUAUAUCUCAUAUGUAUAUAUAUAUAUAUGAGAAAAACAUACACGCACACACACAUAUAUAUACGUAUACAUGGAGAAAUAAUCUUUGAGGUCGGAGGGAAAUAACUUCUGAAUCUUCAUGUUUUAAAGGUUAACUUUGCACACUUCUAAUGUAUAUAUAUUUAAAAAUUGGCAUUGUAAGGUGGGUUUGCCCCAUGCCUUGCUAGAUAAUAAAGACCACUUGUUGAAAUGCA